UUUACCGAGAGCUACAGUGGUUUGAACAGAGGGCCUUCCCCCUGUAUGUGCUUUCGCUCUGCGUAACUACGGAUGGUUUGUAAAUGGAGUCUAAGAAAUUUUCCACCACACGUCUCCCGGAUUUUGCGAAGAAACUGGAUUUUAUAAACUGAGUCGCCAUUUCAAGUCGGCAGAAUGCCGGAUAAGGACACUGAUUUGCCUAGGAAUCUAGGGACAUUAUAGCCUUUAAGACUGGCUCAUUCGGAUUUACCCGAUCGGACUGUUUCUUUGAUCAAGUUGGGUCAUUGUGGAUGAUGGAUGGCCGAGACUUCGGACCCCCCAGAUCUGUUCACGUACCGCCGCCCAUUCUCUCGGGGCUGCCCAUGGAGUCACACCGACUCGGCGCGGCCGCUGCGGCCGGCAGAAUACCACCGUCUCCCGGCCAUCUGGGCGCGGGGCACCCGGCGGCUCUACACACUGGAAAAUAUCUUUCAUCGGCAAUGAACCUACAUUCUCACCACAGUGAUGCCUUCCCAGGUGCCUCGAGCCCAUUCCUCGGCGGAUACGUCAGCGCCUCCAGUGCUCACGGGUCAUCAGAUCCGGCCUUCCGAGCCCCCAACCCAGCCAGCCUGCAAAUGGCCCAGCUUUGGGCCUCUCACUCUCAUGAAGGUUUUUCUCACAUGCCAAGCAGUUUGUACCCCAGCCCUUACAUUCCCUUGGGCCACCUCGAGCACCCACAGCUCAGCCAACAUGCACUCUUUGACUCCCAAAAAGAGGGUUUUUACCUGCCGGGUUCAAUGCACUCCCAGUCUGCAAUGGCCAGGAGCCCAGUGGCUCACAUGCCUGGCUCCUUCUCCAGGGAAAGGGAGUCCUUACCUCCUCACAAAAGCUCUAAAGAGUCGAGCAGAGAUGUGGGAAAAGAAAAGCCCUGUAAGAGUGACCUAGCCCACUCCCUCCCAAGGAAAGAACGAGAAAAACCAAAAGAGGAGUCACGGCCCCACAGUGUGGUGGACCUCACCCUGGAUGUGAAGCCGGAAGAUGAGCGCAGGGUAGGCAACUUGGAGAGGCCUGCAAAAACUACAGAACACGCUCGGCCUUUCUUUCACCAGCACUCGCCUGCUGUGAGUAACACAGACACUAAACUCAAACAAACUAACCAUAGUUUAUUUGGCAACUCCGGGACAAGCAGCGGCACGCCAACCCGACAUCCGAGUACAGAACAGGACAGGAGGGACAGGGACGAUGAAACCGUCCGACCAGGGGGCCACCUUUCCAACGACAAACAGAAAAGAUGCGAUUCAGUUGCUACAUCAGCUGGCACUCUGCAUGUUUCGUAUGCCAGUCCCUCUUCCCUGCAGCCCAGCCCAUCCCAUCUCCCGCCCAGGCUGGUGUCCUCUGGCACCUACCCUCCCCCUCACCACAUGCCGCCCAGCAUGUACCCACUCUACUCUACAACGAAAGAGCCAGGCAAAGAACACAGAGUGAUAGCUCCUACUUAUGUGCCUUCUGUCGAGGUUUAUGAUGAGCGAAAAGGGCCAAUUCAAAUUGCCUCCCAAGCACGAGAUAAUAAAAAUGACAAGAGCAGGGAAAGGGACUCGCACAGAUCAGCCCUGCAGUUGGGAAAUGAGAGAACACUUAUGGACCAUGGUCGAUCCUCAGUUAGGAGCGAGUCGCCACCUCACGGAGAUGUCAAAAGAGACAUUUUACGAGAGGAAGGCUCGAUAAUUAGGUCAAAUGGUUUGGCCAUGAAAAAGCCUUUGCAUUUGGAAAUGUGCACAAAUAAAUCUGGAAAUAGCCCAGAUGCCAGGGACUUGACUAACACUACAUCAAAACAUAUGAUCAGAACAGGACUCGAGACUGAAUCCCGCAGCCAAGAACGGGAUAGGGUUCAAAGGUCUGCCCAUUCUUUCUCUGGGAUGGAUCCAAGUUCGCUUCACACAGAGCAGCAUUCAUUGAAGACCUUGGGUUCUGCUGAGCCCAAAUGGAAGCCUUUCGAGAUGGGCAAUUAUGCUACCAGUCACAUGGCUGCAUUGGCAGCCCAACACAACCACGGAGCCCGAGGUGAGGAAGAGGGCAAGCAAAUGUACCUAGAUACCACUGGCUUGCACAGACCAGUAGGCAGCAGUGGAAGUCCUGAUGGACAUGGGGAGGUUUCAGCCAUGCAGAGCCUCAUCAAGUAUAGUGGCAACUUCUCCAGUGAGUCUGGCUCUAGGCACGGAUCUGAUAGCCGUAGUCCAUUUGGAGGUCUAGGCAGUUUAAAACUGGAGGCUGGUUAUCCAGGAGUGUCCAGGGUUCAGCACCUUCCACCACAGCAGCCUGGAAAGCAGCUGAAGAAGGAACCUGAGAGACCAGAGAGUGCUAAAUCCUUUGGCAGAGACGGAAGCUCUUCUCAGGGGGAAGCAGAGGUUCGUCAUCCUCCUGUAGGAAUUGCAGUGGCUGUUGCCCGUCAGAGGGACAACAGCAGCAAACCCAGCUCAGCAUCAGACAGAGACAGGCCGCUUCUUGGAGGACCCAUCAAAGGCCCGAUCCACACAGAGGAAGAGCAAGGAGAUGAGAGACAGCGGCACCGUGAUGAGCGCCUGCUGUCGGGACGUGUGGAGCGUGAGCAAGAGAAAGUGUUAAGAGAGAAUAAAGAGCUGGCGGACUACACUCAGUUGCAUCCACCUAUGGUAUCUGCUAGUGGCCUGAACCCUAACCUGAUUGUGACUGGCGGACCUACUCUGGCUGGUGCGAGCCGCUGGCCUGCUGACCCCGCCUCCCACCUGACCUCCCACCCGUGGCUGCCCCGCCCAGGAGCCCCAUCCAUGUGGCUGUCUGGCUCUCCAUAUGGCCUGGGUCCUCCUUCCCUUCAUCAGGCGCUUCCUCCAGGAUAUCCUCCUGCUCUGACAGGCUCAAUUCCCCCUCCUUACCAGUUUGCCCGAGAUCCACAAACUGGACAGGUGGUGGUUAUUCCAACAGAACAUCUGCCACACUAUGCUGAGAUGUUAGAGCGAGGCCCCCCUCUGUGGUCAGCCAUGUACCCACCGGCAGGAAGCUCUCUGCAGCAUGCCCAUCAGCUACAGCUCCUCUCCCAUCAGCAGCUCCUGCGCCAACAUGAGCUCUACAUGAUCCAGCACCAGACCGCACAGGUCAUGGAACUGCAGAGGAAUGCACAGUUAGUGGAGAGAUUAAAUGCAAGUCAACCAAGGACCGAUUUGGAGGAAAAACCAGACAAGAGAGGAGCUGAAGUCCACAAAUCCAGUCUCUCCUGCAUUCCUACUACAACCCUGCACUCACGCAAGCCUCCGCCACGUUCCCCGACCCCCUCGACUUCAUAUAGCAAAGCUCUGACGCCGCUGCCUGUUCCCCCGCUGCCUUCUCCUGUCACUGCACUGAAGUCUGAAGAAAGACCCAAAGUGGAGAAGUCCCUCCCUCAGCAGCCAUACUCUCAUCCGUCGUCUCCUGUUCCUCAUUCAGUCAGCCCUGCUUCAGCAUCCCCCUCUCCAACCUCCCCAAUCCGGACCAAAGAGGAAUCUGUGGAGGUAUCUGAGAAAGAACCUCUCAGUCUACAGAAGCAGCCCUCUCCACCCUUCCCAUCCAUAUACCGUGAAAUUCCUCCCGGCUACCCAUACCAAUCGAUAACUGCACCUUUCGGCAGCCAUUACCCCUACCUUCUCCAGCCGGCCGCUGCCGCAGAUGCCGAUGGUCUGGCACCAGAUGUGCCAUUGCCAGCUGAGACCUCCGAGCACUUGGCGACAGCCGUAGAUGUCAAACCCCAGCACUUGUGUUCUCCAGUACUAGUGGAGCCACUUCAGACAUCCAGAGAGCCGGAGCCCAUGGAGGAGGGGGGCAGCAUUGUUUUCAAAAAAGAGCCAAACCUGGAAGACCGUAAAGACGACAGCAUAAGGCUUGCACCCGUCAUCACCCAAGAAUCUAGCACCCCAACAGAACCCGAAGCCCAUCCCAGAGCCAUAGCCACACCAUCGCCAGAGGAUCUCCCCGAGCAGGAACAUGGGGAGGGCAUCAAAAUCAAACGAACCAGCCUCUACGAGACAUCUAGACUCAAUGUUGAAAGAAGUGCCAGCACAGAAACCUCAGAUGCCUCGACUGGACUGGUGGACUACAAAUCCUCUUCAAGUUACUCUGACACACACCUUGUGGUUUGUGACGGCCAGCCAACAAAACAGCCCUUAGAUCUCUCUGAUAGCCUGAACCCAGCAGAGCUCAGAGAUGCUGUCCCUGACUCUUCUACGCACCUGGAGUCCAAACUUGACAAUCUUUUCCUGCCUAACAGCGGCCCUCCUCACCUUCCGCCCUCUUCCGCAGCAGUGGCCAUCCUGCCAGAAGACCCCAUGGCAGGCAUGUUCGCUCUGGUCACGGCCAGCGAGCUUCCGCAGGCCGGAGCAAUGUCCAUCCUGACAGAUGCCUGUAGCUCCAGGUCUGAACUCUGCACAGACGUCAGUCCCCUGGAGUCCACUGCUCUGGAAGGCAUGGCUCUGCUCAGCCAGAUGGCAGAGCUGGAGAUGCAAAGACAACCCAGAGAUGACACGCAGGCUGUAAUAUUCUGUGGACUGGAGAGUCUGCUGGAAGCUGGCAGGCAGGUCCUCCUGGAGGCCAUCGAGUGUCAACCUCAGGUUAUCAUCCGCCUCCCCCGAGAGCUCAACCCUAAUAAGAAAUACAGCUGGAGACAGAAGAAAGAUGAACCUAUGUUCUCCAAAUCCUCUUUGGAGGGAAUGGAUGCCACAGAAGUGGACUACCGCGUGAGACUGGCUGAGCUGCAGCAGCGCUACAAAGAAAAGCAACGAGAGCUGGUCAAACUGCAGAGACGGAGAGACAAAGAAGAGAAACGGCAGCAGCAGCAACAACAUAUCCAACAGCAGGAGAGGAACAGAAGUUUAGCCCGCAGGGGCCCGGGACGUCCCCGAAAGAGGAAACAUGGCCUGUGUGCGCUGUCUCCACCCUCCAGCAAGUUGGAUUCGAGAUGUGCAAAGUUGAGCAGAAGUGUGCUUUACUCAGAGGACUCGGAGAGCGGGGAGGUGCUGAGGAAGCGCUUUCGGGCCUCUAACAGAGAUGAGGAGGAGGAGGAAGACGGCAGCAGCGUGUUGAAAUUGAAGAAGAAGAAAAAGAGCUGGGGCGAGCAGGAGGCAUGUUCAAGCUUCUCUCUUGAGGCCCCUAAAAUGGCUGUGAAGAAGAGUCGAGUGAGCGAGCAGGAGCAGUUGGCGUCCAAACUUGACAAGGCCUUGUCCCUCACUAAGCUCAAUAAAUUCAGCAAGCCUUCUUGUAAGUUCAUAGACGGUUCCUCAGGGAAGUCCAGGCCUAGCUCUGGAAGCAGAGUCCCCAUGCUCACUGAUUUAGACACGAGAGUUAAGAUGGGGAAAUCAAGCCUGUCAAAAGAUCUUGGCAUCUUUCAGAAGACUUCCAAAGGAGGUAAAAGCAAAACUGCUGCCAAAACGAAGCCUUCUGAAACGUGCCUUAAGGGAAAAGGCCAGAGGAAAGCACCUUAUUCUCCAGUGAGGUCAGAAAUCAGCAGCUAUUCUAACAACACAGAUUCAGAGGAGGAUUCCCUGAAGGAUGGCUGGCCUUUGAGCUCCAUGUUGGGGAGAACAGGGUCACAUCCGCAGCUCCCCGGCCUGUGCAGCACUCCAUCCAAGAAAAAGCGCUCAUCAUCCAAGAGAGCCUCUUCGUCUUCAUCUUCAUCACUCAAGUCCAAGCAGGCGGCCAAAGAGAGGAAACAUAAGCACUUUGCUUUAUUGCUACAGGAGGCAGGAGUCAGCUCCUCUGAGGACUCAUUUGACCAAGAGUAUUUCACCGAGCGGGAUGAUUCCGAGGAUGACGACGAGGAUGAAGAUGGGUAUGAUUACGAGCUUGAUGAAAGUGAUGGCCUGUGUUCGUCAUCAGUAGAAGAGAGCGGGCUGGGUCUUCUGGCCCGCUUCGCCGCCAGUGCUAUCCCAAGCCCCAUCAUCACCAAUCCGCUCUCCCUUGUCCAACUGGAGGCCAAACAGAAAGCCAAAAAGAAAGAGGAACGGCAGAGUCUUCUGGGUACAGAGUUUGAGUUUACCGAUUCGGAGAGUGAUGUCAAGACAAGAAAGAAGUUUCCGUCGCUGUUGCAUGGCAAGAGAUCCGCUCCCGAGCUUCCUCUCUUGCCACCCGCGAGCGUGAUGCGUGACGACUCCAGCCCCACCAAGCGUGGACGCAAACCCAAGAAACCCAAGUCUCCCAGGGAGUUUAGUUUCGACCUUACAGCGGAUGGGAGUGAAGACGAACAGUGGACGCGGCGGCGGAGCGAACGCAUCUUCCUCCAUGAUGCUGCUCAGUCCACCCCCAUCUCCCCAUCCAGUAAAACUCCUCUUCCGCUCACUCCCAAACCUGCCCGUGGCCCGAAAACCUCCCCGCAGAGCCCCAAGGAGCUGGCCAAAACCAAGGAGGUGAAAGAUCCCAACAAGAAGAAGAGGAUUAAGGAGAACCCCCUGUGUCUGCCCCCACCCCAGCUCUCCAGCACACCCUCAGAAACCACCGGAUCUCUCCCUGUCAGCCCAGGACGCAAGAACAAGGUCCAAAAGCCUAAAGCCAGAGAGGAAUUGGGGCAAAAUGUACUUGAAUUCCCCCAGCAGGCUCGAGGGAAGGGCGGCGCUGUCAGUAAACUGAUGGAAAGUAUGGCUGCUGAUGAGGACUUUGAGCCCAACCAGGACAGCAGCUUCUCCGAGGACGAGAAUCCCCCUGUGAACGCUCAGCCCGAAAGACCCUGCACCCCCGCCCCUCGGAACUGUGUCAUUAACAAAGAUGAACUGCAGGAUGGAUUACGGGUCCUCAUCCCUAUGGAUGACAAGCUCCUGUAUGCCGGCCACGUCAGCACAGUUCACUCGCCUGACAUAUAUAGCGUUGUGGUGGAGGGCGAAAGGGGGAACAGGCCACACAUCUACUGCCUGGAACAGCUGCUACAGGAGGCGAUUAUUGAUGUGAAACCGCCCUCCGUCAGAUACCUUCCCCAGGGGACCCGGAUUGCAGCCUACUGGAGCCAGCAGUACCGUUGCCUCUACCCUGGCACGGUCGUCAGAGGGAGCCCGGACAUGGAAGACGUGGACGACUUGAUUACAGUGGAGUUUGAUGAUGGAGACACCGGACGAAUCCCGCUCUCUCAUAUUCGAUUGCUGCCAGCAGACUACAAGAUUCAGUGUGCGGAACCAUCCCCUGCCCUCCUUGUGGCCAGCACCAAAAGGCGAGGAAGGAAGUGCAGUAAGGAUGUACCUGAUGGCAAAGAGACACCACCUAAAAUCACGGAUGAGUCUGCUCCAAAAAGCAAGGGAAGGGGAAGAAAACCCAAACCCAAGCAUGAGCCUGAAGCUGCUCCAAAAGAGCAUGAAAAGCCUGACACACCAACCCCGACGCUAGUCCCAGAGAGGCCCCUGUCCAACCAGAAAAGCAGCCCACGGCCAGGUAGAAAAAUUAAGCAAGUCGGCACAGCCAGUGCCUCCAUCCCCGUAUCUAAUGAAAACCAGAAGAAAACCACAGGAAUCAAGCCUCCAGCCAAAGUGCGUUCCCAGCCCCAGUCUGUCUACUCUCAGCCACUCUAUGGAAAAGUUUUGUCUGUGGAUCUCUAUAAUGAGCCCUCCACUUCUCUGGCCUCGUUUAUAUCCAACAAUGAGACUGCAAGUCCCACGGGGAAAGGAAAGACAGUCAAACGCUUGCGAAAGCCUGAGGAGGAGGCAUCUGGAUUUGCUGUGAAAACGCAACGCAAGCAACCUCAGACUGAGAUCCUCAUCAAGUUGGACCAUGAGGGAGUCAUGUCACCCAAAACCAAGAAGACCAAAGCCCUGAUGAUGAUGGAGGGCCAGAACCACACCAAAAGAGAGAAUAAGUCUGUGAUGGGUGUCAGCUACACUACUAUAUCUACUACUGAGAAAACGCUGAAAGCUAAAAGCAAGCCAGUUGAGGCAGAGCCUCCUACAGCAGAAAGCGUGUCCACCUAUAGUGUUCGUAAGCUUGGGAGCAGCAGCGAGGGUUUAAUGAAGGUCAGCAAUUCAGACGAGAAGGAAAAGAAGGAUCUGGAGUGCUCCAGCAGCAGUAGCAGCAGCAGCUCCGAGUCGGAUGGUGAAGAGGAGGAAAGGGCCACGCAGGAGAAGCCCAAACAAGACUCUGCCAGCUCUAUCAGCUCACGGGCAUCAAGUCCCACCUCUUCCAGCUCAUCUACAAGCAGUUCUUCAUCUGGUUCCCACUCCUCCUCCUCCUCCUCCUCAUCCUCCACCACCAGCGAUGAAGAAUCCUCCUGUAGCUCAGACGAAGAGCCGGUCGCUGAUUCUCAACCAUCCCCUGCCACAGAGCAUGCAGCAUCUCCAGAGGAGGAAGAUGCAAAGGCAAAAACGGGGUCUGCUUCUAACAUCCAUAAGCUCCAGAAACAGUCAUCUACAACGCAGCAACGGCACCAGCAGCAGAAGCCCCAGAGACAGCAGAAGGUUAAACAGGGUGUCGGUCUUCCCAAAAGACGAGAGGGAAUCCAUCUUCCAACUACAAAGGAGCUGGCAAAAAGACAGAGACUACCAUCUGUCGAGAACAGGCCCAAGAUCUCUGCUUUCCUUCCUGCCAGACAACUGUGGAAGUGGUUUGGAAAGCCUACUCAGAGACGGGGAAUGAAAGGGAAGGCGAAAAAGCUUUUCUACAAAGCCAUAAUGCGUGGGAAGGAAAUGAUCCGUAUUGGAGACUGUGCUGUAUUCCUGUCUGCUGGCCGACCCAACCUCCCCUUCAUUGGACACAUCCAGAGCAUGUGGGAGUCCUGGGGAAACAACAUGGUGGUCCGUGUAAAAUGGUUCUAUCAUCCUGAGGAAACCAACCCUGGAAAGAAACUUCAUGACAAAAAGAACUGGGAUCAAAUGUCCGGCCAAAGUCUUCCCGCUGUUCUGCAAGCUUCAAACCAGAGGAAAGACUUCAUGGAGCGGGCCCUGUACCAGUCCUCUCACAUUGAUGAGAACGACGUUCAAACCAUUUCCCAUAAAUGUCUGGUGGUCAGCCUUGAGCAAUAUGAACAAAUGAUCAAAACGAAGAAGUAUCAGGACAGCGAAGACCUCUACUACCUGGCUGGCACCUACGAGCCCACCACUGGAAUGAUCUUUAACACUGAUGGGGUUCCUGUAAUCUGCUGAGGAUCAUCAAAUGACACUUGCGGAACGAAACGAAUGAGAUACAAGGGCUUGACAAACGUGUUGGCUACACCAAAUGUCCAACUGUAGAAAGCAUCCAGCAGAGACACAAGCAUCAUUGAGAUUAGAGUCUACUUCAACAGAUGUCAUUUCUGCGCUUCAUUUCAAACAUGAAGUUGGUACAGUAGAUUUGUGCUAGCACAGAUUCAAAGUCUAGUCUGUUAUUGCUGCACCUUGUUUCACAUCAGUGACGUGAUUGUGGAUGAUGUUCGGAAAUCUACAGUCAAAUGUUUUAAAGAAAGUGAAAACCUGACAUAAACGUCUGAAAGGUCAACUCCGUUUGUCUCAGUAAUCACCAGUGCGGCUGAAAUGGAGGUGACACCACUUCUGCAGGACUUGUUCUCCGGGUGAAAAGGCCUGCUUGGAAGCAGCUUUCUUGGCUGUGGGACCAACAACGGAAAGAGUAAUUAAAGCUGGCAGGCCAUGUCACACUUCUGCCCAGAGAGCCGUCUCCACCACGCACUCUGCUGUCCAGUUACUACUGGUAAAACCCUGCCAGAACUUCAAGGGCAGGUUAAUGAAAUCGGACGGGUAAAAUGAUACCAGACGUGAAGCUGCAGCCCAUGUGAGAAGCACUUAAAAGAAGGGACAGACCUGUGGUCUGCGAGCCUGCAAGGACUGUUUAUUAAUAGGAAAGUGUGAGUCACUUUUCCACUGAGCGGCCUAGAAGAUCUAUCAGAAUAUUUAUAUAUGAUCCUCGGCAAGAAGGUUUCUUUUUAUGAGUCAAGGGCUCUACUGAGAUGGAGACCGACGCAGAUGACGCCCGUUUGUAAAUACAUGCAUACAAGCUAUAUAUAUAUAUGAUAUGAACAAAUAUUUUAUUUUGGUGUACCAUAGAUUUAUGUGACAGUAAUUUUUUUAAAGCAGCAAAAGAUGAAAAAAAAAGCUUUAAUAAACUGUGAAUAAAGUUUAAAUGUUAACAGAUAUCAGGAACUAGUUUUAGAGUACAGGUCUUGUUAGUUGUUACUGGAAUCUCAGAUGCCCACUACAUUGACGACGUAAUGUAAUCUUGAUAUCAAAACUACUAUUACAGGACAGACGGUUUGUGGGAUUUGACAGUGUUCGAAGCCAGUUGUCCCAUAAUGCAGUUUUACAACAGAAAGCACUUAAAUUCUGCCCAUGGUCUUACAUGGGACAGACUUCCCUUGACAAUCCCCUUUGCAGGUGGACGUGAAAAUCGUUAUAGUUCUCUCAUUGCUUCUCAGGGUCAGUGAGAGAUGGAGAACGAGAGUUUAAAAGCACCAUAUAAUCAAGCGGCGCUUGCUUAUCAUGUCUAUUUUACUUGCUUUCCCUUUUUCUUGAAUUAUCCCCCACUGAAAGCAAUUACAUCUCAUGCAUGAAAGCACUUUCUUCACGUAAACAAACAAGCAACAGCCCAGGUGACGUUAUCUGUUAGCCCUGAAAGUUGAAAGCAGAGUUGUUUUCUGCCUUUCUCGCAUCUACGUUUUUUUUUCUUCUCUAUCUCGCCUUUUUGCUCUCCGUUAUUCCAAGCCGUUUUCUGGUUUGUUCUUAAUAGCCUUAACCUUGCCUCCCUAAAAGCUGCCGCGUACCGGCAGAAUCAAAGCCUGAAUGUUGUCUUUGAAAAUAGUUCCUACUGAUUGAUAUUGUGCUGCGGAGAAAGUGCCAUCCGUCAUCAGAGGCUGUUAGGACCAGGCUAUGUAUUCGCUGCUUCUCUAAUCAAGACCAGUCAAAUGUAUUUGAUUUAUGGCUUCCUCGCAUGGAUGAAGAGAUUAGUGAACACCUUAUUUGCUUAAUUGUAAUUACGGUUCUUAUUUGUGCCUCAUUUUUACGGUUCAUAGAGGGAGAUAUGAAUGUUGUUUUUCUUUCUUUUUAAGAUUGAACACGUGCGGAUCAAGCACGUGUCCUGUUUGAUGCUGGAAGGAACAGUUUUGUUGAACAAUCUGUAUAUCGUUUGUUUUUUUAAUCUUGAAACAAAUACGACUCGUUGAUCUGUACUUAUCUUUUUUUACUUGUUACCAAGAUAUUUAGAAAGCAUAAGAGGUUAGAGGCUACUUUUUUCCAGCAGGAGCCCUGCCAAACCUUUUUUUUUAAACUGUAAUUCGUUCUACCUCCCACCUUGGUUUAACGUUUCAUGUUUUGUCUUUGUUUUGUAACACUUGUUAAAGAAAUCUCACUGCAUGUGGGCUUUUAAAAUAUUGCCUGUUUUUAAAUUAGUUUGCCAUGAUGUCUCUGUGAAUGAUGCUGAUUUGAUUCUUUGUAUCAUUGAUUAAUUUUUCCCGUUAUUGAGGGAGGACGGUGAGAUCAAGAAGGGUAUGGACACUAGACACUUACAAUCUUUUGGAUUGGAAAAUAUUUGGCCUACUCAGUAUUUCGGAAAUUUCUUUAUAUUACAGAAAUGUUGACACUAUUACGGUUUAAAAUAUAUAUAAAUAUAUAUAUUUUUUGUCAUGUAUGUUUCAUAUUACAUUGCCCAGUCUCUCUUAAAGAGAUAUUAUCUUGUUGAUAUUCAAUAGGUUGUAUUUCUUAACAUGUUUUAUCAUUGUGUAUGUGUGCUCUAGAGGCUUAAAACAGAUAUUCAGCCUAUUUCCGGACUGUUUUUUUUCUUCUUCUCCAAAUCACCUAAUUUGGUCGAUGAUUUUACACAUACCCAAAGCUAAUUCAAAUGCCAAAUGAUCUUUGAAUGCACAGUGAAUCUGAAGCAACAUUAAGCAAGCUCGUUUUUGCAUUUGACACAGUCUUUUUAAAUGCAGAUCUGUGUUGAAUUGAUAUCUUUGCCUGUUUAGCGAGUUGUACAAUUUAAGUGCCCCUCAAUACAAAACGUUUACACAGAGCUUGAGUCAAACUGUAAAGCACUUUUUAGAGUAUUUUUGUCUGCAUGUAUUAGAAAUCGCAUAUAUAUAUGCUUCUAGGAAUAAUAUUAGAGCAAUCAAAAGUAUAUUUUGCUUAUUGUGAUGUAGUGUAACGUGAAUAGAGGUCGGAGUCCAUCCCUGUAUGGGACAGUGGCCUCUGCUGGUAGCAGCAAUAUGGGAUAAACCUGCUACUCGUCCAGGGUCCGUUUGAGUGUAUCUUUUAUGAUGUAUAAGGUUUAACUGGCGUAUUAGAAAACAGUGUAUAGCCGAGUAGACGCGUAAUAGACUUCACUGUUUGCAUGAUUCUGUUUUUUUUUUCCUUUCUUAAUGACAUUCCCCCUCUCGGAACAAUCGUCCUCCAUGCUUAAUGUGCAAUACUGCUGAAUUUGGAUUUUGUGAGGUAGCUGCUAGUGAGGGAAGGAACGUGUUCAUGAAUGUGGGAGAUGAGAGAAAGAGAGUGUGGACUGGAGGCUGGUCCUUCACUGGUCUUCAUCUGCUGUUCCUUCAGCAUUGGUAUGGUCCUGUUACAAAAUAAAACUAAUAAUAAUAAUAAUGAAAUCUAAAAAGCUAUAGUUUUGAAGUUAUUGUUUGAAAUUUUAAAGCAUCAAGGUUUUGUAAAUGAUCCUUUAUGAGAGGGGGAGAUGAGUAUGGAUAUACUUUGUACACAUUUAAUCUUGUAUAAAAAAAUCGAAACAAAAUGAUGAAAUACAUUUUUUUAGAAAACUGAAACCAUUAUUAAAGAUUGCUGUUGACUUGUGUGUAUUGGAACUUAAUGGAAUUGGAUUUGUUUCUUUGUUUUGCUUGUUUUUUUACUGAUGCAACCAGCAUUAUCAGUGUUUUUCAAUUCUUUUAGUAUCAGUAUUUUCUAGUUCAUCAAUAAAUGUCAUGAAAUGGAA